ACAGUGGAUGGAACCACCAAGUUAAAUGCUCCUCUUUUAAAUGAAAUGUAUACGCGAGUAAAGCCUUUGAUUGUUAAACAUCUGUCGGAUUUACGAGGUCGCUGAUUCGUCCCAGAAAAGUCCAACGCAGGAUUGGGAGCGGAUAAAUGUGUAAAAUGGCAGUUUGAAGCGUCCUUUGAAGUGUUUGCCCUUUUUGUGACUGGAUUCAUGAUCGUGUAAUUUUGAGUACCGGGCGCUGUGUUGUUUAAAAAAAGCCUCAUGUUUUCUCCGGGUCAAGAGGUGCACUGUGCGCCCACCAAAGAACCCGUGAAGUACGGCGAAUUGGUGGUUCUGGGGUACAAUGGUUCACUACCCAAUGGAGACAGAGGGCGGAGGAAAAGCCGGUUUGCCCUUUACAAGAGAACCAAAGCCAAUGGUGUCAAACCCAGCACUGUACACAUCCUCAACACACCACAAGCCAGCAAGGCGGUGAACUGCAAGGGCCAGCACAGCAUCUCCUACACUCUGUCCAGAAACCAGACGGUGGUGGUGGAGUACAGCCAUGACAACAACACUGACAUGUUCCAGAUUGGCCGUUCGACGGAGGGCCCGAUCGACUUUGUGGUGACAGACACGGUGUCAGGGGGCGGGGAUAGUGAGGACACGCCCAUCACGCAAAGCACCAUCUCCCGCUUUGCUUGCCGGGUGGUGUGUGAACGUAACCCACCCUACACGGCACGCAUCUACGCCGCAGGCUUCGAUUCCUCCAAGAAUAUAUUUCUCGGAGAGAAAGCAGCCAAAUGGAAGAAUCCAGAUGGUCACAUGGACGGGCUGACGACCAAUGGUGUGCUAGUCAUGCACCCGCGGGGUGGGUUCACAGAGGAGUCCAAGCCCGGCGUGUGGAGGGAGAUAUCGGUGUGCGGAGAUGUUUACACGCUGCGAGAGACGCGGUCUGCUCAGAUCAGAGGCAAACUGGUGGAGAGUGAGAGUAACGUACUGCAGGAUGGAUCUCUGGUUGACCUGUGCGGAGCGACGCUGCUCUGGCGCACGGCUGAAGGGCUUUUCCACACCCCCACCCAGAAGCACCUGGAGGCCUUGAGGCAGGAGCUGAACGCAGCCCGACCUCAGUGCCCCGUCGGCCUCAACACCCUGGCCUUUCCCAGCAUGCAACGCUGCAGUCGUGCCCUGUCUAAUGGCCCCUCCCAAGAAGACAAACAGCCUUGGGUGUACCUGGCCUGUGGCCACGUUCACGGUUAUCACGACUGGGGCCACCGUUCCGAACGAGACCCCAAUGCUCAGAGAGAGUGUCCCAUGUGCAGAACCGUGGGCCCCUACGUGCCGCUCUGGCUCGGAUGCGAACCGGCCUUUUACGUGGAUAUUGGCGCACCAACGUACGCCUUUGUACCCUGUGGCCACGUUUGCUCCGAAAAAUCGGCCCGCUAUUGGGCGGAGAUUCCUUUACCGCACGGCACCCACGCUUUCCACGCUGCGUGCCCCUUCUGUGCUAGCCAACUUAAUCUGACUCAAAAGUGGGCUAAACUUAUCUUUCAGGGCCCCGUAGACUGAGAGUGUAGGAGACGUUAACCUUGAACAGACGGAUGCUGGAUUAUUGCGUAAUUUAAAGUGAAAUCCAGUUUGCUGAAGGAAGGACUGUGAAUAAAAACGGAUUCAUACUGUGAAGCUGCCCUUGAAAUGUAUAUGCUGGGAGCAGGUUUUUGCUCGCAUGUCAUCACAUACAGUCAUCUAAAUUGCCUUGGUGAUGGACAGGAGGUGUCAAUGAGUUAUUUUAUCCACCGGCCCACAAAGAUGUCAGAUCCCACCAGCAUCACCACACCGCUCAGGAGAUUUUCAGAUCGCUUUUCAAACAGGAUACUGCUUUAGACCCAAGGUGCUUCUGGUGACCUGUGGAUGUUUUGGUGCAGCCCUGCUUUCAACACUCCCUCACUUCCUUUCCAAAGAACUCAAAUCACACUAAAACCAGGUAAUAGAGGUUGGGAUAAACUGUGUUGGAGGGUCAGUUUGGACUGAACAGCCCUGCUUUAAGUUAUAACUUUAAUGUGUGGUAACUUUGUUAUGGAUUUAUUAUGGCCUAACGGUUGGAGCAAUGAUUUGCCAAUUGAUAUUCUGCAAUGGUUGUUCCCAAAGAUUAAACUGGUGCUCCUGUUGGGAUUUUAUGACGCCAUUACACUCCUGUAUAUGGUUGAUCUCCCACAGUGGAAGCUUGCUUUUUCACAUGGAUUAUGCAUUGUUGAAUUGGGUAAAUGAUUUGUCGUUUUUAGCAUAGUCUUCUGUCCUCACUGCUCCCUAGAAGUGUUUUUCUUUCUCCGAAUGUGUACUUGGUGAGUUAUUGAUGUCUUAAGUUUAAAGUCUAAGCUUUUAUUUUUUUAUUGAUAUCUUGUUAACAAGAUUAACAAGUGAUGUUGCCAAAUACUGUUGGAAUAGGCUAUAAAGUGUGUAACUGGAAGAAUAGAUGGUGGUAUUUACUACUACUUAAAAGCUUGACCCAAAUAUAUUUUCUUACUAUACAUUUGUUAGCAAAAUUUUCGAGAAUUUAUGUUUAUGGUGGUGUAAAAAGUUUGGGCUCUGUUCUAAAUGUAGAAAAUGAUUAGGAUUUAAAUCAAUUAUGUUGGCGCAGAGGUAUGAGUUUUCAGAAGAUCUGAGAUACACUUGGUUGCUUAGGGUUAUGAUUGACAGUCCCUUAAAGAAAUAGUUCACCCAAAAAUAAAACAAUUCUGUCAUUUAUUUACCCCCAAGUCAUUCCAAACCUGUUUAUGGCUUUUUCUUCUGUGGAACAGAAAUGACUCCAUGUAAAAUGAUUGAAUGGAACACAAAAGAAGAUAUUUUGAGAAAUGUCGCUGUGGUUUUGUGUCCAUGCAAUGGAAGUUAAUGGGGGCUAAUGUUCUUCAGAAUAUUUUUUCGUGUUCUGCAGAAGAAAGAAAGUCAUACAGGUUUGGAAUGACAUGAGGGCGAGUAAAUAAAGAAUUUUAUUUUUGGGUGAACCAUCACUAAGUUGUCAUUGGUCAAGUCAUUCUUGUAGUGUUUUUAUAAGAACCUUUUAUUCCACUAUUUUCCUAAAGUUUAUACAGAGAUUAUGAUGUCAAGCUGCUGUUUUAGGCAUAUUGAUGUUUUUUGUUUUAAAAGACUGAAAAGUAUUUUAGUACACAAAGGCCCAUGUACAGUUUUAAACAGAUACUAAUAUAUUUAUUCAGUUAUGUACUUUACUGUGUGGUGAGGUGUCUGUAUUGAAUGUAUCAACACCAACUGCAUCUGGAUGCUUAAAGGGUUAAGUCAACCCAAAAUGAAUGGCUGAAGAUUACAUUAUGAUUCCUAUUUACAUCUGUUGUAGAGUAACCAUCCUUUUUGUAUUCGGCAAUCUUUUGGUUUGGUUUGGCAUGACUAUUCAUUUUAGGGUAAACCAUUUCUUUAAUGCUGUAAACUGUCAGUAACAUUUUCUUGAUUGCCAAGCCUCCUUUAGGCUUUGCUUGGUUCUGUAAAUGAAUCUGAGGUCUCCACCACCUUAGGUUGACUUUGUACAUGGCAACUCUGUAUUGUCUUAUAUUUUUCGCCAGUCCUGUGUAAACGAAAUGCAAAGUUUUUUAUAUAACGUUAUCGUGAGAUGGCGUAGCUCGCACCAGGAGUACCGGUGGAUGUCUCCUGAACGUGAUCGCGAAACAUGCCAGGAGUGAUCAAAAGAUCAGACACUAUACGCCCAUAAAAAAUUACGAAAAACUUACUUCACUACUAUCUAGUUGUUCUCCGGACAGAGCUCUCGUUCUUUAAGUGUGCCCAGCACCAUUUUCAUUAGGCUACUUUCGUUUUAUUCAGACGGGUUUAAACAGUAUUUUUAGAGAUUUCAACACUAGGAAAUGUUUUAGUUAUUAAUUUGUUAAUAGAGUAAGUCUUUUACCACAGUGAAGUGACUUUUACUCGUGAUACUUGACUGUUGUGCUUUUAUUUUCAUAUUUAAGCCUGUUUUUCUUCAAAUUCCGUUCCUGAAAAUGAUAGCGCUCAGCCGACUUCAGAUAGCUAUAACUUUUGUUACAUAUACAAGGUACGAAAUAAAAACUGAUUUGGAAAGUGCUUGAACCCAGCUUUCACAUGGUAUUAAAACAUGUAAUAUGUACAAUUUCACCAUGUGUUGGGUUUUCCCAGAUUGCAUCACAUAUUUGGAGGUGUGUUCCUAAAAGAGGAGCUUUGUUUUACUGAAAUCAUGAAAUCGCACCUAAAUUAAAACUGCAUAUUUCUGUAGAUGCUUCUGUCUGUUAACAGUGUUGCUUAUCAUUUUUUAUGGAGUGCUAACUUAAAAAUACCAAAAAGGAUUUUAUGAAGACUUCUUGGUAAUGUAAAAUUCGAUUCAUUUCCGGCAAGUGUGUAAUCGUAACAGUCAGUUGUGCUAAACAGGCACAAAUAAGAGGACACUGAGUUUACUGCAAUUGUCAAAUCAUACUGGAUUUCAGGAACAUUUUUAAUGUUGUCUGAUACCCAGUUGAUCUUUAGUCAAUGUUGCUUCCAUUGCAAGAGAUCUUCAAGAGAAUCGUAUAAGAGCGUUUGUCUUUAACCAGGUUAGGUAUAUGAAAUACAGUCAGGUGUAGCUCUAUAGGUGACAGACUGACUGCAGUAUUCAAUGUGAAACUGUACAGUGGCUUUUUAAUUCAUUCAGGUAUUAUGUAUUAAAUCAUGAAUUAACAGUUCACAUGAAAGAUGAAGUCUGUGUCUACAUGUAUAAAGUGUGAGGCAGAUGUAAGGAGAAUAUAGCUCAUUCUUACCCGUGUGACAUUCCUUUGGUUUGUCUUGAAGAGACUGUACGGUUUUGGGUCUUUGAAACACACCUUGCCCCAUCUGUACCAUAUGGUCAUUGUACAAUGAAUA